AGAUCCUUUUUCGAACACGAACGUCAGCAAGCUCAGAUUAGCUGCAUGCCAAAAAUUUAGCAAGUGUUGUCUGCAGUGCAGGUUUCCUGCCUACUCAACUACACGUCUCUUUAGUAUAGUGUAGUGUGACCUUAAGGGCAGCAGAUGAUGUGUGCGUGGUGUUAGUAGAGGCCUGAUUCUGUGGUGAUCUGUAGAAAUGGAAGAAGAUCAAGUGCCUAACAAGGAUUCCUCUCAAGCAACAGAUGUGAACAAGGUGCCUCGUAAAUCUGAAACCAAGCGAUACAGUGAGAUCUUCAGAGAAUUUGAUCAACUUGAUUUAUCUUUAAUCUCAUCUGCAGGGGAGGAUCUGCUGGCAGACCCUGACUCACAGUCCAUCUCAGAAUUCAUCUUUGCAGAAAAUGCAGACCUGUCCGAUGUGUCUAAACGUGCUGAGGUUAAUGAAUUGGAUGGAAACCAAUCAGCCCAGGAAGCAGACCUGGUCCUCUGUCGCAGUGAAGAUGGAGUGGAGACAGCACUGCAGUAUACCAAGAUGUGGUGUCGCUACGCCAAAGACCUCCUGGCCUGGGUGGAAAAGAGAAUCAGCUUGGAACAAGAAUUUGCCAAAAAUGUGAUGAAGACAGCUGAAGGAGCAAAAGCCAAUGUGACACAGCAGGAAAUGAUGCCCCUGCAGUACAUCUACACAAUGGCGCUAGAGCAAGACAUCAAUAACAGUCUGAACUCUAGAAAGUUUUCAGAACUGAUACAAAGCCGCUGUUACCAAGCCUUGGUUGCCAAGAAGAAUGAGAUUGACAAGUGGCGCAGAGAGUUUAAGGAGCAGUGGGCAAAAGAACAAAGGAAGAUGAACGAUUCAGUGACAGCUUUAAAAAAGGCUCGUCAGCAAUACUUCCAGCGCUGUGAUGAGCUAGAAAAGGCUAAAGCUGUCUCUGCUAAAGCUGUGGACGACACAGCUGGAACCAAAACACUGGACAAGAGGCGGAAGUCUAAAGAUGAAGCCCAAACUAAGGUGAUGGAGGCAGAGCUUCUGUACAGACAGUGUGUGAACGACGCCAGGAUCCACCAGGAUGAGUUAGUGAAGGUCAAAGAGAGAAUUAUUUCCCACAUUCGCAAGCUCAUCUGUCAGGGAGACACUGUGCUUAAGGAGGCCACAGUCAACAUGUUUUACUACCAGCGGCAGCAGACAGAGGUCCUUCCUCUCGGCUAUCACAACCUGGAGCUGACAUGCAGGGCCCUGGAGCCGGGCGAGCCCUACCGGCUCUACAUCCGUAACAAGCCUCACCAUGAACAACCUCUCCAAGUCUUUACCUUCCAGGAGUAUUAUCCACAGGGCAAAGGGAACAGACGGAAAACCAGCAACACUUUCAGCUCACUGCAGGACUCACCUAUGACAGAUGAUAGCUUUCACAGACGACCCAACAAUGGCAGGAGACCAGGGUACAGUGACAGUGAGAGUAUUGGAGGCAGUUUGGAAUCUCUGUCCAGCCCCGCUCACUCAAAUAGGAGGCUGCCUAAAACUGCAUCCACUUUGACAGUGUCAUCAGACGACCUGGACGAACGGGAUAUGGCGUCAGAAUCAGAGUGCAUUGACAAUACGCCAGUCAAACUGCGCACACUUUCACGAGCUGCACUGACACACCGACUCAAGAAGAUGAAGAGCAAGAUGGCCAAGUGCAAGCAGUGUGACAACUAUAUUGUUGUCAGUGGGGUCGAAUGUGUGGAGUGCGGUCUGGCUUUGCACAGGAAGUGUAUGGAGGUAUGUCAGCUCGAAUGUGAGAACAGGAAGGGGAAUGUGUUCGGAGUGGACCUCUCUCUGCUGCCACGUGACAGGCCAGAUGAGGUGCCCUUUGUGGUGCAGCAGUGCACAUCUGAGAUUGAGAGUCGUGCUCUCUCAGUCCAGGGGGUGUAUCGUGUUAGCGGGUCCAAGCCUCGGAUCCAGAAGAUCUGUCAGGCCUUUGAGAUGCAAAAGGAGCAGGUGGACCUCUCUGACCUCUCACCGCAUGACAUCACCUCGAUCCUUAAACACUUCUUCAAGGAGCUCCCAGAGCCCUUACUAACCUUUGACCUGUACAAUGGGUUCCUCGCGGUGGGAAAGUCCAUUCAGCACCUGAGUGAAAGGGAGUCGACACCAGACACUACCGAGAUAAUGGGCAUCCUUGACAGCCUGCAAAAGCUACUACAGAAACUCCCUCCAUAUUGCUACUGCGUCUUGCAGCACCUGAUGUCUCACCUGCAAAAAGUUUCACAGAACUACGAGAACAAGAUGUCUCCUAGCAAUUUGGGUAUUGUGUUUGGGCCAACACUACUGCGCCCUCUUGUGUCUUCGGACAUGCCAAUGAUUGCCCUACUGGAGACCAGCUACCAGGCUGUACUUAUUGAGUUCCUCAUCACACACCAUGACAAGGUUUUUGGCCUUCGGCAAAGACCCAGUACACCUCCUCCCCCAGCUCCCACUGCACCUCUCCCAGACACCCCUCCUAGAGCUUCCUGUCCCCUGGAUGGGGAAGAUUACACUAGCACAGAACAUGAAACCUCUUCCAGAGAGAGGCCACACUCACUAGAAAGUCGAACAAUCAAGAGAGAGUCAAGCGAGGGUUAUAUAUCUGACAAGUCUUCAUCCAAUGAGGCAGUGGACCAGCUCAGCCCUGAAGCCAUUGAGAGAGCAGUCCUGGCUAUGAGAGGGGCAUCGAGCAAUCCUCACAGUGAGCUGGUGGAGGAACCAGACUCUCAUUUUGCGACCCAGCCGCACUAUCGCUUCACCAGACAGCCUGUGAAGUAUUACCGGCAUCAUAACCCAGGAACCCGACUCCCCAACCUUGGUCGUGCAGCCAGACAGCCUUCAGCCCCAGCGAGGGACAGUCCAGGGAGUGCAGACAGCAGCCGCAGUUCCUCUCCAGAACCACGGACACAGAGACUUUCCCAAAACUUAGAUGUCCUAUGUGAGAACACCUGCCAGGCCACCUUUGCAGGUGAGAGUAAAGCGGACGUCCCAAUGAGCCCCCGUGAGGUUGUGCAGUACAUGCUGGGAUUGGACUCAACCUUUACAUCAGCUACAACUGUGACAUCAUCCAGUACAACACAGGAGUCUUUACAGGAGGUGGCGGCUGGGUGUCAAACAGAUCGGAACAUAACUAUGUCCGAAAACAGUGCUGGACAGAGUCGGGUUCUGUGUGAGUUACCAAAGUCACUUCCUGUUGAGCAUAACCUGACAUCGCCAGCCCAGAAGAUCCUGUCUGGAUUGAAGCUGAGACGCAGCCACUCAGGGAAGGAUGAACAGCUCUUUGUCUGAGGAAAGAGACAAAUCUCCAGACAGUUCACUGGAAUACAUUCACACACACACACACACACACACACACUGAGGAUGUAAGACCAUUAAUAUCUUUAUUGUUUAUAACAACUGCUACUAUGCAGUUCAUGUAGUUUGCAUAAAUUACAUGCUCCCAUAUUUUACUCACAAAUAUCUCACCUGUUACACAAAAUGUAUCUUUUACUCAGAUCAACAAAACAUUUACAUUACAUUUUUUCUUAGUUUGGUGUCAUUCCUUAAGAAAACACAGUUGAAAAGUCCAGGUCUGGUGCUUUCUUGGAUGCCACAGCUAUAGUGCCACUAAUCUUCUCAAAAAUGUUGAUCUGUUGACCAUCCAGUUGUCAAAUAUGCAGACCAGACAACAAUGGAUCACCUAUUUAUUGACGUUUUUAAUAUCUCUACUGUAUUUGAAUGUAACAAGCAGGUGGUUUAAGAUUGCAGUUCAGGAGACGCAAACUAGCUCACAAGUAUCAAGUUCUUUCAGGUUUUGUCCUGAACAAACUUUUAUGAAAAUCUGCUAAAUACAAAAACCAUCAAGUGUUGUAUUUUUAAGAUAAUUUUGUUAUCUAUUUGUUGUGCUUUUUUAAUGUUUUAAAGGCUCCGGGUUGAAUUUUGUUGUAGUUCAUAAACAAAGACAUGCCUUUUCUGUGUGUGUGAGCACUUUUCCUUUUUUGCCACAAGGGGGAGGUCUUCUCCCAGUGUGUGGGGGGAAAACAUGCUAGACACAAUAGUAGAAGAGUAAUAAACCACUUAU